GCUCACAGCAUUUGGCUCAGACCGUGGUUGCGAGCGGUCUCACAUGUGACAGCAUGGCAGAAGAGGAGGCACCCUUGCCAAGUUUCGACGCACCCUUGCCAAGUUUUUCAGCGGUGGAGGAACCCGCCAAGAAGGACGCCGAAGAAACCAAGGCGGUGCAGGGUGAAGAAAAACCAACUAAGCCAGCUGAGCCAGAAACAGCGGAUGCAUUGGAUCCGGCUGAGAAGAAAAGAAGAGAAAGAGAGGAUAAAGAGCGAAAGCGAAAAAAUGAGAAGAAAAAGAAACUGAAAGAAAAAAAGAAGGCUGCAAAGGCCGAGGAAUACAAAGAGGCUGGUGUGCAGCCUCCAGGGAAAGGUGGUGGCAAGACUGCCAAAGGCAAGGGCAAAGCUGCGAAGGGCAAGGCGGUGGGCAAGACACCUGGUUUGAUUAGCAAGCCAAAGGAUGAUGAUGAAAUGGAGGUAGACUACGUAGUACCAGAGGUUCUUGCGGGCAACGAUCAGCCAGAAGAUGAAACCUUCGCUGCAAUCAUGGAAAGGUUCAAGUACGUUGAGCCUACUCCGAAGGACGAGGCUGAUGAGGAUGAGGACAAGCCGCAGAAGCGCGCAAAGCCAAAGGCAUCCCUGUUGGAAGAGGCGGAGGACAGCGAUGAUGAUGAUCAAGAUGCGGGAAAGAUGUCCAAGAAGAAGCGAAAGGUGCAAAACCGAAUGUCUGUUGCCGAGCUGAAGACCUUGGUCAAGCGUCCGGAUGUGGUUGAAGUUUGGGAUACAACAGCUUCUGAUCCACGCUUGCUAGUCUAUCUGAAGGCAUACCGAAAUACUGUGGCUGUGCCCCGACACUGGAGCAGCAAGCGCAAGUAUAUGGCCGGCAAGCGGGGCGUUGAGAAGCCUCCAUUCAAGUUGCCUGAUUUCAUCGAAUCAACUGGCAUUGCCAAGAUUCGCCAGGCGAUUAUGGAGAAGCAGGCCGAUAUGUCCUUCAGGCAGAAGAGUCGAGAGCGGGUUCACCCAAAAAUGGGAAAGCUAGACAUUGACUACCAGGUUUUGCAUGACGCCUUCUUUAAGUUUGCCAACAAGCCCAAGCUAUCGAAGCACAAUGACAUGUACUACGAGGGCAAGGAGUACGAGACCAAGAUGCUGACCAAAAGGCCUGGGCACCUGAGCGCAGCAUUGAGAGAGGCUUUGGGAAUGGAUGAUGGAGCUCCUCCGCCCUGGCUCUUCAAUAUGCAGCGCUAUGGACCGCCUCCAGCGUAUCCAAACUUGAAGAUCCCAGGACUCAAUGCACCAAUUCCACAGGGUGCGGAGUAUGGAUACCACCCUGGAGGUUGGGGAAAGCCACCGGUCGAUGAGUUUGGAAACCCUCUCUAUGGCGACUGGAAGGCGGACCAGGCUCCUACUCCAUCAGCGCCUGAGGACAUGACCUUGUGGGGUGAAGUGGACGACUUCGAGGAGGAGGAAGAUGACGAGGAAGUAGAGGCCGAGAGGGGUGAGGGCACAGCAACUCCAAUGCUGGGCACCGCGACUCCACUGGUGGGUUCCGGCUCUGCGACCCCUGUGGUGUCAGGUGGUGUUCACAGCAUCAGUGGGGUUUCGUCCAUUACAAGUGGAAUGGACACGCCUGGAACUGGCACUCGCAGCAAGAAGGGGGGCAUCGCAUCCGUGAGUGGAAUUAGCUCUGCGUCCUUGACUCCCACACCACAACUCUUCCAGGUCCUGGAAGAGCAGAAGUCGAGAUCAGCGAAGAAAGGGGUGUACCCUACCUCUCACACCUACAAAGUGGGGAGCAGGAGCGGCGGCGGCUCGUCCACGCCGAUGGGCGGUGUGGGCAGCUCGGGCACCGGAACUCCGUUGGCUGGCAUUGGAACACCAAUUGGUGGAAUUGGUACUCCAAUCGCUGGCAUUGGCACGCCGCAUGGCAUUGGGACGCCGCACGGGAUUGGUACACCUGGUAUGGGGACGAGGACGCCUCAUGGAAUCACCACUCCUUUGGGUGUUGGCUCAGCAGGCCAUGGCACAGGAACAGGAACUGGCACAGGGACGCCUGGAAUGGGCACUCCGGGGGUUGGCACUCCAAUUGGCGGCAUUGGCACACCUGUGGGUGGCGGCGUUCAGACGCCAGUUGGUGGCAUUGCAACUCCAGUAGGUGGUAUUGCCACUCCAGUGGGUGGCAUUGCCACACCAGUGGGUGGCAUUGCAACGCCAGUGGGCGGUAUUGCAACACCUGUUGGGCAGCAUACGCCGGCAGGGGUUGCCACGCCUGUCGGCGGCGUGUCCACUCCGACUGGUAUCCCUGGAGCACCAACUCCAGUGGGAGGAGCAGACACUCCUGGGCCUGUGACCAUGAACCUGAACCCCGAGCAGGUUGAGACUGAAGGUAUUCUCACGGCAGACAUCAUUCGCCAGCAGCUCAAGCAGCAUGAAGAGGCAGCGGCCAAGGCAAAACUGGCUGCUGGUCAGAAAGAGGUGGAGCAGAAGAAAACCGUGGCGAAGCCAGCCAAGAAGAGAAAGGAAAAGACCAAGUUCAAGUUCUGAGCAGGGCACGCGCGGUGCGUUGCUGGUCUUCUUUGUCCAAUGGUGUAUA